AUGAUGUCGGAUUUUACAGAAAAGCAGACGUGGUUACAAAUACAGCGUGAACUCAGCUUGAGGAAACUAAUGGAGGGUUCAGAGUAUCAAGAGGAACUGAAGUAUGACUUCAAUAUAAAAGGAGAACUGAGGCAUCUGGAUACAAAGGAGCCCUUUGUUUUCAAUUAUUACAAGAAUGGACAUGACCAGAAUCAUAAACGGUAUGAAGUUCUGGGACAUUUUAUUACCCAAUAUGUUUAUGACCUCCUGCAAAGAGUCUGCAUGCUGCAAAAGGUUUAUAUUCCUAUUGAUGCUACAGAGGAUGAACCAAGAAGUUUCUUUUUCAUGAGUGAGAAUGCACUAACAAGUUCCUCUUGCCUAAUUAUUCUGCUUCAAGACCGUGGAGUUUUCUGUGCCGGACAGUGGGGGCUAAAGACGAUUGUCAAUGAGGGCCUGAGACAUGGAACACAAAUACCAUUCAUCGACAGAGCCCUUCAAAGCCACUGGGAAGUGAUUGUAUUGAAUACCAAUGACAACUCUGCUGAUCUGAAGACAGGAAAGGAAGGCUUUUCUGCCAUGGAAGAAGCACUUACUUCCACACAGGCUGUGUCCUGUACACCCAGGAGGAGCAGCAGCAGCCCCGAGGAGCACACUGUGUAUGUGUGGGAUCAUUUCAUUUCAAAGAGCACAGCCAAGGAUGUGGCCUUCAUUGCCCAUGGCUAUGGAGGCUUGGUGUUUGUUGAUCUGCUGUUGCAGAGAAAAUGGGAGGUAAUGAGUAAAGUGUACUCUGUGGCGUUCAUCGACUCCAUGCACAACAUACAACACCAGACCAGAAACGAUCCACAGGUAAAGGAAUGGAUAGAGAAACACUGCUGUGAAUGGGUGUCAAACAGUAAACCCCUAAACAAAACUGUGGGCUUUGUCUUGAGAGUGAAUUGUCCUACUGUCUCUGCUGGAACGGAAAAGUAUGGUUUAGCACCCUCCUGCUGCUUGCAUGCCAUCUUUAAGUACCUGAAGAGGAUGCUGAGAGUCAAGACCUUUAGGAGUUCACCUAUUGCAACCAGAAGCAGCAGAUGUGAGAGGCAAUAA